GUACGCCCCCUCCUCCUUUCCCCCGCCAGCAUUGGCUUCUGUUCGUCAUUCCCUCGUCAUGGCCCUUCCCUCAGCCUCCUGCAUCUCUCGGCAGAUAAAUAGGAAUGUCCUCAGCCAGAGACUCUACAAUAACCCCUGAGCUCAGCCCUCGCACCACUGUCACCCUGUGCGGCAGCCGGGACCUCACACUGCAUCACUGCACAGCCGUGAUUCCAUUCUAGGAGACCCCACUUACUGCUCAGCCAUGUCUUCUCAUCUGUCACUGCUUCUUGUGUGGACCACUGUGCUUCUUUCCCUAGCAUGCAAACACACAGUCCAUUGUUCUGAUAUAAAUGCCACUGAAAGUGAAAUGAAUGUGACAGUCUCUGCUGAAGAACGCAUCUCUGCCGUGCAGGAGAAGAUACCUGAUCUGGGCCAUGAAGGAGAUAAUGAAGAUGACGUGACAAUCAGGGAAUUUAUCAUAGAUGAUUCUAUACGUGUACAACCAGUGAUUAAGCCUGAAAAAAGAGAGAUAACCGCGACAACAGCAAAGAAAGCACAAAAGAAAAAGGCAGAUAAAAAAAAGAAAAAUGCACAAAAUAAGAGAAAGAAGAAGAAGAAUCUUUGCCAAACCACACAUGCAAAUUUCUGCGUUCAUGGAGAAUGUAAAUACCUGGCAGGCUUGCAUGAAGUUGCAUGCAAAUGUCAUCAACAUUAUUUUGGUGAGCGUUGUAUAGAACGAUCAAUGAAAUCCGAAUCAGGGGCAGAAAUUAGCGAUAUAACAACGACGACUGCAUUGGCAGUUGUAGCUGUCCUGCUAUCAGUCAUCAGCAUUGCUGCUAUAAUCAUCAUCAUCAUUGUGCAUACACGAAGGAAAUACUCCUCUUAUGAAUGUGAAGCGGAAGAGAAAAAGAAAUUAGGACAAGAAAAUGGAAGCGAAGAUAUUGAUGUUUGAAGGAAAAAAAUGCGCUCAAAACUACAAAAGCACUGCCAAACCUACCACACAGUGAAUGUGAAGAGAAACGUCUGUUCUUGAAGAUGACCCUGCAUAUAUUUAUAUAAAUAACAAAAAUAUAAUAUAUUUUUUUAUAAAAACAACAAAAAACAAAAAUUUAUUUUUAUUUAAUAUUUUAAUGUAUUGAACACGUAAAUAUUUGUGAUAAUAUCUGUUAAUAUUUUAUUAAACAUUUUGUACUUUACCUAUGUUUUUGUUUUGUAACUUAUUCAUUUGAUUAGCCUCAAUUCACUUGUCUCUUUUACAAGUGUUAUUUCAAAGGUAUCACAGGAGACAGGUGCUAAUCAGAUGUUUGUACCCAGUAUACGAAAUGCGGAUAUUGAAUCAAUAAAGAAACUGACUGUGACAAUA